GGCGAAAUCCGAAUCGACUUACCUGAUUGCUUGCCGCCUCAAUUUCUAGAGCAAUCAAUUCGAGACCUAGAAGUAGAAGAUAUAUUAUCAGUUAUCUCCGACGAAUCUCCGGUCAACGUGAAACCGGUGGUCUGUCUUCUUGCUGCCUCCGUCGUCUAGGGUUUCCUUGGUCCGAUUGAAAUAUGAACCUGGGCGAUCUCCAUAAGGUCUGGGAGUUCAAAGCCCUGAAGAGGAAACCCGAUGAACAGGAAGCCCUAAAGAUCCUCGACACAAUAUCUAAACGCGUCCAACCCAUCAUGCGUAAACGCAAAUGGAGAGUCAAGCUUCUUUCUGAGUUCUGUCCCAAAAACCCGUCUCUUCUAGGCUUGAAUGUGGGUGCUGGGAUUCAUGUAAAACUGAGAUUGAGGAAGGCAAAGAAUGAUUUGGAUUUCAUUCCUUUUGAACAAGUUUUGGAUACAAUGCUGCACGAACUCUGUCAUAAUGCUCAUGGCCCUCACAACGCCAGUUUCUAUAGUCUCUGGGAUGAACUUAGAAAGGAAUGUGAGGAGUUAAUGAGUAAAGGAAUAAUUGGGACAGGAGAAGGUUUUGAUCUUCCUGGAAAACGUGUGGGUGGUUUUUCACGUCAACCGCCUCUUUCUUCACUUCGUAAAACGGCUUUAGCUGCUGCAGAGAAGAGAUCGCGUUUGAAUUCUGUUCUACCAUCUGGGCCAAAGCGAUUGGGCGGUGAUAGCUCGAUUAUGUCUGCACUUAGUCCAAUGCAGGCUGCUGCAAUGGCUGCAGAAAGAAGGUAUCAGGACAAUAUGUGGUGUGCUUCUGAGUUUCCAGAGACUAUCCUAGACGAAGAAGAAGAUUAUGCAGAGCCCGUGCCAAAACCUUCUGCCCGUCAAAACUCUCACGCAGAAUUGUCAAGAAAGGGUUGCGAACAAAGUGAUGUUUCCUCGUCUCAUUUGUCUAAGAAACGAUGUGUGGAAUUUGUUGACUUGAGCUCUGAGGAAGCUGUAAAGUGGGAGUGUGGAACCUGCACUUUGUUGAAUCCACCAUUAGCUCCAGUAUGCAAGGUAUGUGGGAGUGAAAAGGCGAAGGAUUUGAAGGAGAAAAGAGAAGCGUGGACUUGUAAGUUUUGUACUUUGGAAAACAACGUGAAGAUGGAUAAAUGCAUCGCUUGUGAGCAAUGGAGAUAUUCUUACGGCCAGCCUGUUGUUGCUCGACACUGGUCGUAGUAACCUAGCCCCGACCCAAGCCCCUCACCGACUUCUUUUUGCCUUAAAAAACUGUUGCUGAUGAACUUGAGAAGGGAUUUCUUAGCAAAAAAAAGAAAAGAAAAAACCAGAGAGGAUUGUCUCUGAAUUAUUCUGAUUGAAUUAUUUAUGGAUAAUUCUUUGCU